UAACUAGCAUGUAUUAAGCCUCCCAAACUCAACUUAAGACAUGCAUGCAUCUUCUUCCAAUUCACUUCUCUGCAUCUUCAUCUCAUCACCUCUAUACAUGGACACCUCUCAAGUGCUCCUCUUCGCACUGCUACUAUCUCUAAGCUCUCUUACCGUGCUCGGCUCCGAUUUUGCCGCCGACCGCGCCGAGUGCGGCGACCGCCUCCUCGGGCUGGCGCCGUGCCUGGCGUUCGUGCAGGGCGGUGGAGGCGGCGGUGUCGGCGCACCGGCCCCGACUCCGAGCUGCUGCAUGGGGCUCAAGGGUGUGGUGAACGAGAGCCCCAAGUGCUUGUGCCUCCUCAUUAAAGAUUUCCAUGAGCCGGAAUUAGGGUUUAGGAUUAAUCUCACGCUUGCUGUUUCACUUCCCGCAUUGUGCAGUGCUCCUGCUGCUAAUAUUUCUAACUGCCCCGGGCUAUUGAAGCUGGCGCCGAAUUCAAAAGAGGCCGAGAUUUUCAAGCAACUUGGAAGUGCAACACAGCCAAGUGUGAAAAGAAAGGAAGCCAGCGGAGCCGGUGGUGGUGCACAGGCUAGCAGUGGUGGGAGCAGGCAGUGGCUGGGAGCAAAGAUGGUAGGGCAAGGAGGCAAUGGUGGGGCUUGGAACUUUUUGGCCCUUCUCCUUUCUAUCAUCAUCUUAUUCCUCUUCUAGUCUUCUAGCUUAAUUUGGAUGGCUACAUUCCAAAAAUGCUUGUCCAUUAAG